CGUGGAUAAACGGUUGUAGUUUCGAUUGUUCUCAGUACCUGUAGUAGUUUCGAUCCGUUGUCGAUGCAUGCACGAUUCCAAAGUGCAGAAGAAGGAACAAUUAGCUAGAUAGAAAAUGGCCGGUACAGAGAGCACACACGCAGCGUGGAAAUAUGUUGCUGUAAUCCCCUCUUUUAACUGAUAUGCGCUAGGCACACUCCGGACAAUCGCAUAUGUAAUACAUAAUACUUAACUAGCGGCAAGUGUUGAGCGUACGUGUGUGCACUGCGUCGCUCGAUCAACGUGCGCGCGCGAGAGCUACGCGCCUUUUGCGUCGACAUAAUAUAAUAGAUAUCAGCGAUCAUUGCACGCGCGCUUUCGGAGAGAGACGACAAUCGGCCGACGAGGCGCGCAAAAGUGCAGAGCGAAGGGAAUUCUACGUAAGUAAUCCGACCGAUCGAGAUCGAGAACGCACGAGUGACGACGAUCGGAAAGUGGCAUUUAUUACGUACGUAAUAUUAAAAUACAAGAGAGCAAGGACAAGCUUCGGCACAUCAUGGUUCAGCUAGUUUCGGGCUUCGCCAGCUCGGCGGCUGCGGCUCGGAGCGGCUUCAGGGCCAUCAUUCUGGGCGCACCGGGCUCGGGCAAGGGCACCAUAUCGGCCCGCAUCGUCGACCUGCUGCGAGUCACGCACAUAUCAACCGGCGACAAACUGAGGCAACAUAUCGCCGAUCGGACCGAACUUGGAGAACGAGUGAAACGAUAUCUCGAUUCGGGCAAUCUAGUUCCAGAUGACGUGAUGAUUAAUCUCAUCGACCGAGAGAUAAAUGCAUUGAAGGGAAAGAACAACUGGCUUCUGGACGGAUUUCCGAGGACUCUGUCGCAGGCCGAAGCUCUGCAGAGGAUUCAACCGGUUUGCCUGGUCAUCAACGUUGACAUACCGCAUCGGGUUAUAAUUGACAGGUUGAAAAAUCGUUGGGUGCAUCUGCCCAGUGGCCGAGUGUACAAUCUCGGUUUCAACGAUCCCAAAGUACCGGGCCGCGACGACGUGACCAACGAACCAUUGAGCCAACGUCCGGACGAUCGGCCGGAGAUCGUCGAGAAACGCUUGCAACGACAUGCCGAGAUGUCCGCUUCCGUCAUAGCCUUUUAUGAGCGUUUGAACUUGUUGAAAUCGUUCUCCGGUGAAACGACAGACAGCAUUUGGCCCUCGAUACAGCAGCACCUGACGCAGUUCCUCGAAGUCUGACCCCACGUUUCGCAGUCGGUCGCGUACUAAUCGAUUGUUCAGAUACUUCAAUAAAUCGACCGAUUGCAUUGA